GACAGGAGAACCGUGCCUGAACGGCCUGUGGCUGUGGGCACCCGGCCAAGGCCCAACACUAUAAAAAGGAGCUGACACUCAGCCCCACACGCCUUUUGUCAACUCUGUUUUGUGGAGACCUGGUCCGGCAAAUCCUUGGGCACCACCAUGCCGACUGAACUGGAAAGUUCCUUGGACUCCAUCAUUUCCGUCUACCACAAGUACUCCCUGGAGAAAGGAAAUUACCACGCCCUCUAUGGGGAUGAUCUGAAGAAACUCCUAGCUACCGAGUGUCCUCAGUACACGAAGAAAAAGGAUGCAAACACUUGGUUCAAAGAGCUGGACAUCAACAGUGAUGGUGCCGUCAACUUCGAGGAGUUCCUCAUACUGAUUGUGAAGAUAGGCGUGUCCGCCCACGAAGACAGCCACAAGGCGUAGCCGGGCUCGGGGCCUGGGGUGGGCCCGUGGAUGCCUCCCUGCGGGAUAAUAAAGUGACUGAUACC